GUUCACACGUAAGCCACCGAUUGGGUUCCCUCGAGCUCUUGGGUUCUUAUACUUCAGAGUCCGCUCUCCCACGGCGCUCGACCGUCCAUUCCAUACAUCAGCCCUACCACCUAAGUCAACUUGCUGCAUCCGCGGGUGACAGCUUCUUCCCGAUUCAUAGCUGUCGUAUCUACAGCCCAGGGAGCAGCUAUCGAGUGUCUAAGCAAGCUCGUAGCUCUCGCGCAUCAUACAUUUCCUUUCGUCGCAAUUCUUCUCUUGUCGCAAACCAAAUUCUUAGCUUGCGCUCAUGUGGCAGCGAGCUUCUCGUGCCGCGCUCGCGGCCUCCUUCCUCCUAGCCUCAAUCGCGAAUGCUAUUCCGCACGGAGAUGACGAUGGAUUGCACAUGGACAGUGGCAUGGACAUGUCCAGUCACGAUUCGCAACCCAAGGAAAACACAGACACCGAUGACGGUUCGCCGAUGAGCUACUUCGCCUAUGGCAAGCACAGCGGUGCCAUCAUGGCGCACAUCGCUCUAAUGGUCGUUUCCUGGUGCUUCAUUCUUCCGAUAGCCGUCAUGUUCAGUGUUGGACGAUCCCGCUUUGCCUUGCCGUCGCAAUUCCUCUUCUUGGUCCUCAAUGCGGUUGGGAUGCUCGUCGGAAUCAUCUACAACAGCCAAACCCCCGAUCUAUAUGAGAACAACGCCCACCACAAGAUCGGGUGGAUCGUGACCUGGGUCAUCAGCGCUCAAGUCAUCAUGUCGUUGAUUUUCGCCUACGCCGGAAGAGGAGAGACCGAAACCAGCUCAUAUGAACGCGCCGCCUUUCUUCCCGUAUCGACUGAAGAAUUGGCCGAUAGCCACCACACCUUUCCUACUGGUAUUCGUCACUCAUAUCGCUGGUCAAGAGACAGCGGGCAGGGAACUGAAAGAAACUCGUCCUCCAUCCAUUGUCCAGAGUCGCCAUCAUGCGCGUCCCCGUCGGACGAGUAUGACGGCUUUGAAAAACCUGAGGAUCCUGUUCCCGAGGACCCUCCUCAGUCACACAGGCCAAUGCGCAUCCCCAUCAUCGACCGUUUCCUCGCCAGCCGCGUGCCCGGCCUGGUGUCCAACCGUGUGCUCCGCGCGCUUUCGAUUGUGUAUGUGAUCAUUGACAGAAUCAUCUUGCCGUUUGGCUUCAUCGCCCUCGUCACUGGUUUCGUGACCUAUGGUGGUAUCAUGCGCGGCAAGGAAGUUUUCAACGGUCUUGCGCACUUCAUCAAAGGCGGAAUCUUUGUGUGGUACGGCUUUCUGACACUCGGCCGAAUGCUUGGCUGCUGCGCUGAUUUCGGCUGGGCCUGGAACGUGAAACCUUCCAGCGCUAUUGUUGGUAAAUGGAAGGCCAGAGUCCCCACUGGAGAAUUCACCGAGUCAUUCGUGAUUUUCGUAUAUGGUGCGAGUAACAUGUUCCUAGAGCAUCUCACAGGUUGGGGCGGCAAGUGGACUGCGACCGACUUUGAGCAUGUCUCUAUCUCUAUCAUGUUCUUCGGUGGUGGACUGUGCGGCAUGCUCUUCGAGUCGAAGCGCGUCAAGGGUUGGUUGAACAGCACUGUCCUGCAAUAUCCCUCCCACAUGAACGCUCAUGCUCCCGCCGAUACCGCCUGGCAGCUGCCUGACACCCAAGGCGUUUCCCUGAACCCCAUGCCUGCUCUGGUCAUCCUUCUUCUGGGCAUGAUGAUGGGUUCUCACCACCAAGACAGCAUGGUGUCAACCAUGGUCCACAAGCAGUGGGGCAACCUUCUCGUUGGAUUCGCGCUUGCCCGAGGCGUUACCUAUGUGAUGAUGUAUCUGAAGCCACCGACCUCCUACCUUCCAUCUCGUCCGCCUACGGAGAUCGUGGCUUCAUUCUGUCUGAUCUCGGGUGGCCUGGUUUUCAUGCUAAGCACACGGAGCGUGAUUCAGGUCAUGGAAUAUUACGACCUCGAUGCGAUGUUUGUGUUUACCGUCACCAUGGGCUUGACCGCCUUCAUCAUGGCCUACGAAAUCCUCGCUAUCGCGAUAAAAGCCUGGGCGGUGAAGCGGGAAUCCCGCCCCCAGCUGCCACCCUAUCAGUUUCCCGCCUGAUUGAACAUAAUAGAUCAUGCACGUUUUGUUUGCUGAUCAGCAGACUGGCUUACCAACGACAAUUGUGAAGUUGUUCUUGUUGCAGCAGCAGUACUCUGAAGGAUCAGAACGAGCAAGAAAGAAACCCAAAAUGAAGAUUUGCUUUCUACAGCAUUAUACCCCCAAACGGACAUCGGUUGUUCUUCGGCCAGGUGUCGGAGCUCGGGACUCGGGCAAUGACAAUGAACAUGACUACCUACCACGGCCUUUCACGAUGAACUCUUGUGUUAAUGUGGUUUUUUUAUGAAUGAAAGAUCUGCCCAAGAUGGUCGGGCAAUAAUGAGGAGGAGAUGAGGGAUUUCGUUAGCAAGUUUACUAGUUGUCAAUCGAAUCGAAACUUAAUAUGGG